AUGACAGCCGCUGAGUACUUCACUGUGUGGUCGCCUGAGGCUGACUUGGCCACCCCUAUCCUUCGACACCUUGUCUUGAAGCCGACCCUCGAGGGCGCCGUCAAGUCUUUCAUGAAGUGGCGCGGCCGCGAGUUCGGCGUGAACCUGUCCGAGAACUUGGGCAAAUUUCGGCCAGACCCCUCCUCGAACUCGGCCACGGUGUUGACAUGCACAAAGUUCCACGUCUUGAAGUUGACGGAAAAUUUGCAGGUGCUGUGUCAGAAGCAGGGGGCCAAAAUCUUGCAGGACGGAGAGUCGCUCAGCAUUCCCAUGUUGGAUUUGAGCAACAAGGAAAAUCUUGAGCGCUGCGUGCUUUUGAGCGCUACCAUCUCUUCGGAUCUGAGCUUGCCGCAAGAUUUGUGCCAGACUGCAUUGCGCUGGUUCAGCCCUGCGCAAGACCAAGUGUACCAGCGGACGUCGCUGCUGGUGAAACGCCACGUCCGGGUGAAGCCGGCUGGCUUCGUCCAAAAACCAUGGCGGAUGUUCUGGCACCAGCCUUCCACGUUGGCGAUGUUGGCAUGGGUGACAGACAAGGGCUCGGAGAACUCGUGUCUCGGCAGGAUUCAGUUCAACGUUCUGGGGUCCGACAAUCCAUCCAAGAUGACCUUUGUGGGCAUCAACGAUUCGCCCCUGUCAGAUGCUUGGCCAUUUAGCACCCACGUUAGCAAGGAGCGACACUUGACAAGACAAGGUUGUUCAAGAGCCUUUCAUGCAGCAGGGAUGCCAGCCAAGGAGUUCUGGUUCGCACAGCCGACCAACUGCCCGCCCGUGGUAGGCCAGGCAGGCAUCACGAUUGUCGUCAACGUGGUUGAGACGAUGCAAGUGCCAGACAUCUUACAAAAAAUUCAUGACCAAGACGUGAAGGAGCGCAUCGAUUUCCUGAAGAACGACAUCCUGGAGACCGAGACUCGCCUUGAGCACAUGAAACAGCAUUGCCAGAAGCUGGAGAAGAGUCUGGGAGAUGCCAACAAGAAACGCAAGACACCGCCAGGGGUGGAGCCCGCAGCAGAUUCAGACAUCCAGAACUGA